AUGGCCAUUCCCAUGACGAGGACAAGUGCAGUUAUCCAUUGUGUUGUGAGAACUGCAGCGAGCCACAAUCAGCCAGGUCUCGCAACUGCAAGACAUGAAAACUCGAGAAAGUGGUCCUUCAAGUCAAAUUCAUACAAGGUGAAAAACAAUUGUCCAGGUCUUCAGAACCCGAAGAAACUGUAUACCAGUGAGGAAGCAAAAAUGGAACUGAUAGAUGCGAUUGAUUCUACAUUGGAUGAUUAUCUCACACAGAAUCUACAGCAGUCUGAGUAUAUAGGUUUAAUUCUUGAUGAAAGUACAGACAUAACUGUUCAUAAAAAGUUAAAUGUGUAUGUGAAGUGUUUGUCUUGUGAUAAUAUGCCAAAAGUUCAGUUUCUGGAUUGUAUCAAUGUUGAAAAUGGGAAAGCGGAUACAAUUGUGACAGCUGUGAAUGAACUUUUCACAAAGAAGAACAUUCCUUUGGAUAAAGUGGUAACCCUUGCAAGUGACGGUGCCAGUGUCAUGACUGGAAGGAAGGGGGGUGUGGGUGUAAAGUUAAAGGAGCUUGCACCACUGCUGAUACAGAUCCACUGUGUUGUCCAUCGCCUGGCGCUGGCUGCAGGUCAGGCUUGCAGAGAUGUGCCUAUGUUGGAUGAGUACCAGACCACAGUUAAGUCAGUCUACAAACAUUUCAGUUUAUCUGCGGUGAGAUACAAUAAAUUGAGAACACUCAUGUCAGUGUUAGAGGAUGACAAUCACAAAUUCGUCACACUGAAAGAACCAGCAAGCUUCCGAUGGUUGUCCCUGGGGAAAGCUGUGGAUGCUAUCUAUGAAGUGUACCCUGUACUGUACCAGGCCCUGGAACAUGAGGCAGCUGAAGGCAAUGCUGAGGCAAAAGGGCUACUGAACAAACUCAGAUCUGUGAACUUUGUGCUUGUGACAGGUUUUCUGAAAGAUGUGCUAACGGUCAUAAGUAGGCUGAGUACCCUGCUUCAAGGCGAUAGUGUAGACAUUGAAGUUGUGAAUACACAGGUUGAAUUAACACAGGCAAAGCUAAGUAAAAUGAAAAGAGUGAAUGGUCCUGAGCUUGAUAAGACAUAUAAGAACAUUGAAAAUGGAAUGUACAGAGGUGUGAAAUUAACUGACAGGGAGACAUUACGCAUUGGGUUUCAGAAUAGUGCAGGUACUUACUUAGGCAAAUUGUGUGAAAACCUAACUGACAGAUUUGAACCAGAGUCAAUGGCUACAUUAAAACAACUGGACACUGUACUUAAUCCCCAUAAAGUGCCAAAGGCAGUGACAGCCUUAGAGUCUUAUGGAGAGAAUGAACUAGAAAAACUAAUAGAAGUAUAUGGGGAAAGCGUUAUCAAUGGCAACAGAGCCCGAGACAAUUAUCUUGACCUGAAAAUUAUUCUAAAAAACCUUAACAAAAAUCUGCAGGAAGGGUGUGUACACAUAAUUAAAAACUACUCUGAACUCUACCCUGACUUUGCUAAAUUGGCCAAAAUACUGCUUGUGUCUCCUGUGACCUCAGUUGCCUGUGAGAGGGGGUUUAGUGUGCACAAUCACAUUAAAACUAAAGGACGCUCUAGGUUAGCACAUGAAACUGUUGUGAAGUUAAUGAGAAUCAAACAGGAAGGCCCCUCUGUCAAAGACUUUGACCCAACUGCAAGUGUAACAAAGUUUUGUGCAAUGCGCAAUAGAAGAAAGUAA